AUGACGCGGCCGGAUCUGGGCCUUGGUCUGGCUGAGCGCGGCCUACCGGCGCUCCGCAGGCAGUUUCCACAUGUAGAGGCCGAUGCUUUGAACCUAUUCAUCGAGACGAGUGACCCCAAAGAGGGCCUGGCGGCGGAGUCCCUGGCUGCCUUGGCCGAGAUGGAGCGAGAAGCUGCGGCUGGCAAAGAGGAUCAGUUUGGCCAUUUGCCGGUCCGUGGCUGUCGGGUAGCCCGGGUCGAGGGGUGUGGAGCCCUACAGGUGGUCUUCGAAGGCGGAGACAGCCCACCUCAUGUGGGCACGGUUCUCUCAAUUGCCGGCUUCAGUGAGCUGGCAAAGGGUAAAGAAGAGGCUUUGCGGGCCGGCUUGGUCCUGCCGACGGGAGAGGUCCUGUCACUGCAAACAGGGAACGAAAUGACCAGCUUCCUGCUGGAAGAAUUUGGGAUGCACGAACUGCGGCUUUGCAGCGGGGAUGGCGAAGUCGACCGCUGCUGGUUCAUGGUGAGCUCCCCCUUGGGUGAGUAUGGUGAAGCCCUUGAUCUGUUCAAUGAUGCGUACGACUGGGCCUGGGAUGGGACGUGGACUUCUGACCUCGAGGACUCAGUCCUGAAUCUCCUGGUAGCCUUGGACGAGCGCUUUGAAGCUGUCGCGAGCGGCUCCGGUGGCUUCAUGGCUCAGUCCUUGAUGGCCAGCCUCUCUUCACCGAAGAAGCGCAUGGAGAAGCACUUGUCCAAAGCUUUGGAGCUGCAGGACCCUCUGGCCCUUGGUCGUGCAGUGGCCUGCAUCAGAGCCUUCAUUCUGGCGCAGAGCUUGAUGGACAUGUUCGCUCCGCUGGCCGGCCAGGCGCAGGGACAGGAUUUGCAUGGUAGUGCCUUCUACGACAGCAUCAAGGCGUUUGAGCGGGCGCGUUUGGAGGCUGCUUCAACCGCAAAGCGAGAGGAGGUUCAGCAAGCUUUGCGGCGCCUGGUCCUUGCUGCUGACGCCCAUGUGGCUGAUUUGUAUAGCUGCGGCAAGGGUCAGGACUUCAUCAAGCGAUGGAGCGGCGGUCUUCGCUCGGAGAUUUCUGCAAUGCUGGAGGGUGCAUCUAUGCACCCUCUGCCCUUCCAGCAGAUGAGAGGAGGUGGUGGUGGUUACGUUGCGGACAUGAUGGCCUCCAUGGCCGAGUCCUUCAAUGGCACCAGCGGCCUCGGCCGCCCGGAGACGACCGAGGCUAUGACCACGCUGCCGCCGCAGGCUAGCUUUUCGCUGGCUGAGUCAAAAGUCACCCGCUGGACUGAAAGUCUAGUGGACGAGCAGAUUUGUGUCGGCAGUCCAAUGAUGCCCUGCGAAAUACAUGCCAGAGAGCCUGGUGUCCAAAGCGUUCUUGCCGCGCUUCACAGCACCUUGAGCCUGGGCUUGGGCUAUGUCUCCUCGCAAGGCGAUGGCUCCGAAUCUUCGAAGCUGGUGGCUUUGCUGGAUCGGGUGCGUGCAUCCUUGCCGCUUCAUGCGCAGCAGGAUUUCUUGCGAGAAAAGAAGCGGCGCGAUCGAUUGAAGGAUGUUUGCAGGGUUCUCCGUGCUGCGCGGAAGAAGGGCCAGCGAUUGAAGCUUUGUGUAAACGUGAACUUCACCAAGGCGCUGAACGCACUUCGCGAGCAUCACGAGGACAGCUGGGUCAGCCAAGCGCUGGAGUCUGUUUGGGAUCUCAUGCAGCAAAUGAAGCGCGUCUUCGCCUUUGAGCUGUGGCUACACGAGGAUGGCCAGGAGCCUCAGUUGGUGGCAGCGGACUUUGGCCAUGCGCAUACGUUCGGCCGGGCCUACUACGUGGCCACGCGCUUCUUCGACCGCAAGCAUCGCACCCUGCAGCCGGGCUUCCUCUUGGCCUAUGCAGAGGCGGAGUGCCUGCGACGCGCAGGUUUCGAGCUUUGGGAUUUGGGUGGCGCAGACCACUCCCCGAUGAUGCAGUACAAGCCGCAGGUAGCACUUGAAAUGCAUCGGAGCGAGUAUUUACUACGGCUUCGUGAGAUUGCCCGCGCCGAGUAUGCCGCAGUUGCUGAGGACCGGGGGUCUUCGACUCCAUCCUACUCCGAGAGCCAGCAGAAGCCCCUGACUGACCUGGCUGCCGCACCGCCUCCUGGGGGUGAGCGGGUGCCGGUGGGGGUCGUUUUCGAGGAUCUCUCCGAGGACGACCUCUGGGGAGCUCUAGCUCUCAAGGCCGAAAGCACCGUCUCCAAGCCCAGAGCUCCCAAGGCAGCUGAGACGAAAACAAAGAAGCCCAAAAAGCAGGCAGACGGCAAGGAGGCUUUGGAGGGAAAGGAGAAACCGGGCAAACCUCAUCGAGAGUCAGAGGCAAAAAAUGGCACGAGCAUAAAGCUGGCCAACAACGAAGAGAAGGCAGAGAAAACGCCGGUAUACGACCGUCCCACACGGCCGACCCAGCCCGCCAAGGACGAUGCCAAGCAACAGUUCCUGGCAGCUUUCCAGAAGCUUGUUUCAGAAGGCCUGUCUGAGACAGAGGCGGUAUUUGCCAUUCAGCCGGUCAUGUUCUUCACAGGCGUGGCGGACGGUGCAGUGCAUCGCCUGCUGCAGUGGAUGGCAGUCUGCCACGUCGUGCAAAGUCUGGACGCUGCAGUGCGCAAUGGUGAUGGUUGGUUCUCCAUGAUCGCAGGUGACCUGAUGGACCAGAUCUUGCUGGAGGUCAUCACGAAGGUGAGCGAUUUCACAACCCAGAAUCUGGCAAACACGGCCUGGGCAUAUGCAAAGCUCGGACUCUGGAAUGAGCGGCUCAUGCAGACGCUUUCUCAUGCGAUCGUGCGGAAGGUCCAAGACUUCGAUGCGCAGGGCUUGGCCAAUGUGGCCUGGUCCUAUGCAGUGCUGGGCUUUCGGAGCAGCAGACUCUCGGACGCACUGCUGGCAGCUGCCCUCGAGAAGAUAGAGCUUGACGAGUUCGGUCCGCAGGAGCUGGCCAACCUGGCCUUCUCCUUCGAUGUUACGGGUGACGACGACCGCUUGCACUCAUUUCUUGAGGCAGCUGUGCCGCGUUUCCUGUCGAUAUGUGGCUUCUCCGAUGCAGCUGCCAGCACAGAGCUUGCGAAUAUCGUGGCUCGCCACCGGCUGCGGAACGAAGGCGCCGAGAAACUGGAUGCUGGGUUUCGCCAACGUUUCUUCCAUCCUGUCCUUCUUGCCUUGCAGAAAUGUGCAACUCCUGAAGGAGACGCCACAGAGGAUGAUGAGAAAGUCGUAGAGGAGCUGGCACAAGAGGUGACGGCAAUUGGACUCACGAACUUCGGCUUCAUGUACGCGCGGCAAGCCAUGCACAAGCUAGGCUUUCGAAUUUGUGAUGGAAACCAACGCCCCGAGUGGGUGACGGAAGCCAGGGCUUUGGCAAGAAGCCAGCUGGAGGAGUGGCGAAUCCCUGGAACUGAAAACAUCAUUGCCGUUAUCUCAUAUGAGUUACACUACGGUGGUGAUGUGCUGCAGCGGGAGCCAACCGUGGUGAGCAGUGGUUUUGCCGAAGGCGUCCACGAUGAGGUCAAGGCCAUGCUCCGUCCUGUGGACGCACGCGGGUGGUCGUGUGAAUCCUACGCGGAGCGUGUGGCACUCCUGGAGCUCUUGGAGGCUGCUCGGUGCAGGUUUGGCGAUGAAUCGGUGCCGGAGCUCACAGGCUGGAUUCGGAUGUACCACUCGCAUCACACGAGUGUGCCUCUGGAGCUGCAUGUGGCGCCGGUGCGCAGGGAGUGCAAAGGAUCAGCUUGA